AUGGCGAUAUGGUAUUCGCUCGGCAUUGCGUUCUUCGCUGCCAUCGGCACGUUUUUGUUUGGGUUUGAUACCGGUAUCGCGACGACCACUAUCGCGCACCAGAGUUGGAUUGACUAUAUGCAUAAGCCCUCCAAUGGCUUGACGGGAGCUGUGGUGGCCGUGUAUAUCGCUGGCGAAGCCGGUGGAGCUCUAACACAGACCUUCAUCGGCGAUAAGCUCGGGCGCAUUCGGUUCAUGCAGUUGAUGUGCGUGAUCGUCACUAUUGGCACCGUCAUUCAGACUGCCUCCAUAAACAUCGGCAUGUUCCUCGCUGGCCGUGUACUAGCCGGCUACGCUGUCGGCGGAAUGGUCGCCACGGUGCCCAUCUAUCUCAGCGAGAUCUCGGACCCCCGCUUCCGCGGCCUGAUCGGCGGUAUCUCCGGCUGCGGCAUCUCCUUCGGUACUAUGGUGUCCAACUGGGUCGGCUUCGCCUGUAGCUAUGCCUCCUACGGCCCCGUGCAGUGGCGCCUCCCCCUGGGUAUCCAGAUCCCAUGGGGUAUCAUCAUGUUCGCUGGACUGGCAACGUUCAUGCCCAACUCGCCGCGUCAGUUAAUUCGCAAUGGCAAGGUUGAGGAGGCGCGGACUGAGUUCUCGCGUAUUCGUCGGGGCGUGAAUUUGCAUGAAGUCGAGGAGGAGUUUGUGCUGAUGCAGGCGCAGAUUGAGUAUGAGAUGGAGAGAGAGAUUACGAGUUAUCGGGAGAUUUUCAAACUUUUCCGUCGUCGGGUGUUGGUGUCGAUUGCUGUGCAGACGAUGACUAGUCUGACUGGUGUCAAUGUGAUCCAGUACUAUCAAACCAUCCUAUACAAAUCCCUCGGCAUUGGCUCGCACUCAAUUCUCGCCCUUGCCGGCCUCUACGGUACCAUGGCUUUCCUCUCAAAUGCCAUCACAACCAAGUUCAUGACGGACCAGUGGGGCCGCCGCAAGAUGCUUAUCACCGGAUUGGCGGGAAUCGUGCUCAUCGAGAUCUACGCUGCUGUCAUGCAGCGCCAGUUCCAGAACACGAAUAACCGUGUUGGCAAGGGCUUUGCUAUUCUAGGAAUUUAUCUCUUCGUCGUGUGUUAUUAUGGUAUGCUUAACAGCACGACCUGGCUCUACGGUGCAGAGGUUCUACCCAUCGCGCUACGAAGUAAAGUGAUGGGUCUCGCAGCUGCAUCGCACUUUAUCGUCAAUGUAGCGAUCACCGAAGCCGGACCCAGCGCGUUUGCCAAUAUUCAUGAGAAUUACUACUAUGUCUUUGUCGCGUGCUCCGCCUUUUUCCUCGUUAUUGCAUACUUUUUCUUCCCAGAAACCAAGCAAAAGACCCUGGAAGAAGUCGCAGCCUCGUUCGGCGACCGGGUUGUUCUGGCUGAUGAAGCUCCUAAGCGAGUCACUGUGGCAGGCAAGGUCGACCACAUCGAGACUGCGGAUGCGUCCGGGUCGGCCUGA